CUCCUUUCUCCCCUCACUAAAAUGCUUUGUGAUUGCUUUCAUUUUAAUCGCAGAUCUCUUCAAUCAAUUGAUCAUCGUCUUCUUCUUUUUUUCCCCGACGAUCUUCAUACGUUUAGGAUACUCUGUAUUCUUUUUUCACAAAGCCAAUGAAGCCAGGAGUUUCUUCAUUGAAUCCUUAUGCAGCAUCAUACAUACCUCUCGCCAAAAGGGAGGGAAAUGAUAAUGUGGCAGCUAAAGAUAUUAAGCGUGGCAAUGAGACUGCUUGGUACGAACCAUCCUCACAUUUGGCACAUAACCCGCACCAUAGCAAUACUUCACUUGACUCUGUGACUCAUGGCACUGGAAAGCACCAGAUUCCUGAAGCUUCUGCACUGAAAAGCCAUCCUGCCCAUGGCUCCUUGAUGCAAAAUCUGGGAGAAAUGACUGACAAGCAGAUUAUGGAUGAAGAAUUUGACAUGGAUUUGGAGUAUCUUUGCAUGAUAUUCCCUGGUUUAUCCAAUGAGUCUCUUCUGGAUGUCUACUGGGUAAAUAAUAGAGACUUAGAAGCCACUGUUGACAUGCUGAACCAACUUGAGAUGUACACUGUUGAGUCUUCUGAAACUCUUCCUGACACCUUGGAUAUUGGUGAUGUCUCUGAAUCUGGGUCUUCAGCAACCUGCGGUGCUCUUAAACUGAAGAACGUGGCAGGCGAAGCCAGUGCCUCUUCAUCUGGUUCUGCAGAACCUGCUGUUGCCUCCUGAUUGACUUAGUGAAAGAUUCUAAGUGGUCUUUUUUUUUUUUUUUUUCCUUGUGCCUGUUUGUGGAUAAGAAGUAUACAAGUAGGGGAUCUUUCAUGAAGGACGAGAAAAAUUAUACUUGCUAUAACAUUUGAAGGGUUAAGGUUUGUAUAGUUGUACGCUGCUUGCCUCCGAUUUCUGUACUGCUUUUGGGGCUUAUGGUUUGGUGAAAAGCUCCUUGUGCAGUUAACAUGCAAAUCCUAGUUUUCAUCAGAAAUGAAAAUGAUUUACGUUUGUUCA